CCCGUCGGCUUUUCCCCGGGGUCUGCACCGCCCCGCCAUGGACGAGCUCCGGAACAGCGCCGCGCUGCUGCGGCGCGGGCGGGGGAGGCGCCGGCGGCAGCCGCAGCUCCGCGGCGGCUCGCUUCUGGCCCUGCCGCUGCGGCCCCGGAAGAUCCGAAGGCCCCGGCGAGGUGCGGCGUCCCGCGUGGCCGCGCUGAGGGCUCGGGCACUGCCCAGCCUCGAGGCCUCGGACGCCAAGGCGGAGCCGACCGCGGGCGAGAGGGAGGGGCCGGCGGAGCGGCGGGAGACCUCGCGGUCGGCGGAGCCGCGGCCGCUGCCUGUGCGCCCGAGGCCGGCUUCGGCGGCCGCCCCGCCGCGCCGCGCGGAGGGCCGGGCCGCACUCUCCCGCCACCCGGGGCCCCCCGUCCCGCCGCCGGGCCCGCACGGGGACCAGCCGGAGCGGCCCGGGGACUCGCCGCUGCAGCACGUGCUGGCGGAGCUGGACGGCAUCCCCAGCAGCCGGAGGCGCGCCGCCCGCCUCUUCGAGUGGCUCCUGGCGCCCAUGCCCCCGGACCACUUCUACCGGCGCCUGUGGGAGCGGGAGGCGGUGCUGGUGCGGCGGCAGGACCACCGCUACUACGAGGGCCUCUUCUCCACGGCCGACCUGGACUCGAUGCUGCGCUCCGAGGACGUGCACUUCGGGCAGCACCUGGACGCCGCGCGCUACGUCGGCGGGAGGCGGGAGACCUUGAACCCACCGGGCCGCGCUCUUCCCGCCGCCGCCUGGGCCCUGUACCGGGCCGGCUGCUCCCUGCGCCUCCUCUGCCCGCAGGCUUUCUCGCCCACCGUGUGGCAGUUCUUGGCGGUGCUCCAGGAACAGUUCGGAAGCAUGGCGGGCUCCAACGUGUACCUCACGCCCCCCAACUCCCAGGGCUUCGCUCCCCACUACGACGACAUCGAGGCUUUCGUGUUGCAGCUGGAAGGUCGCAAACUCUGGCGCGUCUACCGCCCGCGGGACCCAAGUGAGGAGCUCGCCCUGACAUCUAGCCCCAACUUCAGCCAGGAGGACCUUGGUGAGCCGGUGUUACAGACGGUGCUGGAACCGGGAGACCUGCUGUAUUUUCCUCGGGGCUUCAUUCAUCAAGCUGAAUGUCAGGAUGGAGCCCACUCUCUGCACCUCACCUUGUCCACUUACCAGCGCAACACGUGGGGUGACUUCCUGGAGGCCGUUCUGCCCUUGGCAGUGCGGGCAGCAAUAGAAGAAAACGUGGAGUUUCGCAGGGGUCUGCCCCGAGACUUCAUGGAUUACAUGGGGGCCCAGCAUUCAGACUCUAAGGAUCCGAGAAGAACAGCUUUCAUGGAAAAGGUGCGGGUCUUGGUUGCUCGCCUGGGACACUUCGCUCCUGUUGAUGCUGUGGCUGACCAGAGAGCCAAAGACUUCAUCCACGAUUCCCUGCCCCCUGUGUUGACUGAGAGGGAGAGGGCACUGAGUGUCCAUGGGCUCCCGGUUCGCUGGGAGGCUGGAGAACCCGUAAAUGUGGGGGCCCAGUUGACAACAGAAACAGAAGUCCAUAUGCUUCAGGACGGCAUAGCUCGGCUGGUGGGCGAGGGCGGCUGUUUGUUCCUCUAUUACACGGUGGAAAACUCUCGCGUUUAUCAUCUGGAGGAACCCAAGUGCUUGGAAAUCUGCCCUCAGCAGGCUGAUGCCAUCGAACUCCUGCUUCGCUCCUACCCAGAGUUUGUGAGGGUUGGGGAUCUACCCUGUGACAGUGUGGAAGACCAGCUUUCCUUGGCAACCAUGUUGUAUGAUAAGGGGCUGCUGCUCACCAAGACGCCUCUGGUUCUGAGUUAGUUUCUUGAGGAUGGCUCAAAGGGUGCAGUUGUGAUUCUCCACUGCCACCGCCAC